GUGAUUUUGACACAUCUUGGAAGUGACGGGACCCGUUGACUUGGAACCAACAGGAAGCUUACCUCUAUCUUCACGUCGCUCGACUCCCCUUGAGAAAAGUUCCUCAAGCGUUUGGUCUCGCGAACAUCGAGGUACCUAGUCGGCAUAGAGUGGUCGGAGCUCUCCUUGCAUCCUUUUUUAUGGGUAAAGCGAUCUGGUAAUCUUCCUUCUCUGUCUUCGGUUGUGGGUUCCUGUCCCGCCUUCUAGCCUCUCUUUUAGCUUAGAGGUAUUAUAGCUCCUGUCGCCGUUCACUGUCUGGCCCGAUUUUGGGCAGCUAUGCUUCCAGCAAAACUUCACGUCUCUCCGCUGCGAAUUGUCUCAAUUUGCGCGUGUAUUUUUGUUCUCUUUUACAUCUACGGCCAACUCGGAGCUGGCAUCUUGGAUGUCGCAUCGCCGCCUCAACGCUAUGCCGGUGUCCCAGCGAGCCCGCCCGAGAAAGCCCCAGAGCUUCCGCUCGAGCUAGUGGUGGCCAGUAUGAAGUAUGAGAACACCACCUGGUUUCACGAAUACCUACCGGACUGGCCCGCGAGCAUCUACGUGGUCGACGACCCUGAUGCUCCCCUUACGGUCCCCAAGAAUAAAGGGCAUGAGGCCAUGGUCUAUCUCACACAUCUCAUCGAUCGCUACGACACUCUUGCCUCCACCACCGUCUUUGUCCACGCGCAGCGUUUUGCCUGGCACAACGACGACCCCGACUAUGACGCCCUCGUAACUCUCCGGCACCUGCAAACGCCCUACGUCCAAACCUCUGGCUACGUCAAUCUUCGCUGUGUCUGGGUCCUCGGUUGUCCCGCAGAGGUCCGCCCCAAUCUAGACGUCCAGGAUCUCAAGGACCUUUCCGCCUCCGGAGAAGUGGCGCUCAAGGACAUUUUCAAACCCGCCUUCAAGCAGAUCCUCCCGGGAGUUCCUGUCCCCGAAGUCGUUGGCGUAUCCUGCUGCUCCCAGUUUGCCGUUUCCCGUGAAACAGUUCGCAACCGAACGCGCGAGGACUACGUCAGGCUUCGUGAGUGGCUGCUGAACACAGAGCUGGACGACAGUCUGUCUGGCAGAGUGUUUGAGUACACGUGGCAUAUAAUCUUUGGGAAGGCAGCCGUUCACUGUCCGGAUGCGGGCGAGUGUUAUUGCAAGGUGUUUGGGCUGUGUGGGCUCGAGGGGUGCAAAAAGGAUGGGUGCGAUGGGAGAUAUACGCUGCCGAGGGUCGCGACACUUCCGAGCGGGUGGCCGAGGCUGGGGUGGGAGGGGGAGGAUAGGGGGUAUCGGGGUCCGCCCGUUUGAUUUUGGAGAUAAUGCGAGGUUGUUGCUCGUGGGUGAUGGUCCAGGAAUCGAGUUUCCUGCAGCGGCCUGCGGAAGUCCGAAUUCUUCAAGUCGAGACCGACAAAAGAAGCGGACUUGAACAGUCCAGCGGGCACUCUCAUGUCCGGUGCUGAAUGCAUAAAGGUACAGGUAGGUACAUGUAUGUAUGGCCUUCAUGGCAAGCGGGUUCGAAGACGUUUUUUACUCGCUUGGAGAUUUGGCAAUGAUUCGUACCUAUCGUUGAGUAUUGGUUUUGCUGGUGGAAGAAAGGUUGUACACAUUGAUUGCGAGCACCAGGCUGGGCGGUUGGAGGUUGAUGUUUGAAGCACUGCGUAUAAACAAGCAGGAACGCCACAUUAAGUCUAGGUCCAGGCCGUGGUUUCCCAGGAGCUUGAGCUGGCGGCCUCUGGAUCCGGCCAGGCCAGGGACAUUCUUGGCUGAUGAUUUGACAAGCUGAUAAGAGGCUACCGGGCUGUAUUGAUGCCUGUUGAGCCGUUCUUUGGAUUGCACCUUUCAUAUUUAUUUCUAUCUCUUUUUGGGAGUAUUGAAACAACGGUUAUCCCUCUGCAUAUGAUUCUACCUAGAAGGUACAUAUUCCUCCCUAGGUUACCUAAAUCAUUGCCGAAAUAUCCG